AUGGCUUCAUCCACCUACAUCUCGGCGCUGCUGAGGCGCCUGCGCAGCGGCGGCGAGCAUCAGUCGGUGCAGGCUGCCGGGACGCUGGUUGACCUCUGUGCCGGCAGCGAUGACAACCGGGCAGCCAUUGUAGCGGCAGACGCCAUUCCCGCACUGGUUCAAUGUAUCAGCAGCAGCGGUGUUAGCGAUGAUUUGCUGGAGGCUGCAGCCACGCUGCUCCGCAACCUUUCUGUCGACAGCCCUGGCACCGCCGCAUCCAUCGCAGCGGCCGGUGCCAUAUCAGCAUUGGUGCAACGCGCGUGCAGCAGCUGCAGCGAGGCGGUGCAGUUUCAGGCAGCCGCGACGCUCAGCUGCCUCUCUGUGGACAGCCCUGACUGCAGAGUGGCCAUUGCAGCGGCCGGCGGCAUCCCAGUUAUGGUGCAGCUCCUACGCAGCAGCACCGCCAGCGAGGAGGAGAAGGUUGUAGCAGCCGGUGCGCUUGGCUGCCUCUCUGUGGACAGCCCUGGCACCAAGGCAGCAAUUGGAGCGGCCGGAGCCAUCCCUCUGCUGGUGCAGCUCCUGCGCAGCACCGCCAGCGAGGAGGUGCAGGUGGUAGCAACCCAAGCGCUUUGCUUCCUCUCUGUGGACAGCCCUGGGAACAAGGCAGCCAUUGGCGCGGCCGGCGCCAUCCCUUUGCUGGUGCAGCUCCUGCGCAGCACUGCCAGUGAGGAGCUGCAGAUUGCAGCAGCCAAUGCGCUUCGCUUCUUCUCUGAGGACAGCCCUGGGAACAAGGCAGCCAUCGGCGCGGCCGGCGCCAUCCCUGCAUUGGUGCAGCUCCUGCGCAGCACCACCAGCGAGAAGGUGCAGCUGAGAGCAACCUUUGCUCUUGGCUGCCUCUCACGCGACAUCCCCGACAGCAGCGCGGCCAUUGCAGCAGCAAACGGCAUCGCUGCUUUGCAGCAGCCGCACAGCAGCAGCCCAAGCGAAGCGGUACGAGAGGAGACAGCUGCUGCACUACGCAGCCUGUCCCACAGUGCCGGGGUGUGA